AUGACUGAGGAAAGAAAAGCCUUUGAGAAACAAUUAUAUCCUCUUUAUAACUUCUAUCAUAAACACAAAGAUGCAAUUCAGCUUAAAGAUGCCAAUUUCAAAUAUCAGAAGAAGAUAUAAAUCUUCAAGGGUGAGGAUUUCAUUAAAUUCACUACUACCUAUUUCGAGGACAUCAAGAAUCUACUUCCUGAUAAAAAGAAGGAUGCCAUAUCGAUCGCAAAAUAUCUCAAUGAAAAUCGCAUUAUUGUUAAAAUCGACAGGCUUCCAGAUGACCCAAAAAAGAAAUGGCCUAGAAAGGUCUUUGACGCUAAGGACUAAACCUUUACGAAUGAAAGCUUUUAUACCUGGAAUUUGGUUGUAAAGAGCAAAAUGAACAAUCUCAUCAUGGCUGGCAUCCUACUUGCAGUAUUUGUUGCUUUCCUCUAUCCAAUAUGGCCAUUUGCAUUUAAAUUCGGUGUCUUUAAAGUUACAUUGUACCUUCUAGUAUUUCUGGUUGCCCUCCAAGUGGUAAGAAUGGUUGUUUACAUAAUCUCACGAUUAAUGGGAUAUGCUUUUUGGAUUCUCCCCAACUUAAACAAUGAUUCAUAUGGAAUCUUAGGAUCAUUCAAACCUCUAUAUUCAAAUUACAAAUACACAGAUGGGAAGUUAGAAAUUUCUUUCAGAUUAAUUGGCAUAAUUGCGUUCAUUUUCCUGAUCUACGUUAUUGUCCAAGAGCCUUCAUAUAUAACUGGAUUUCAAGAUGCUAGCUCAUAAACAAUAGAUGACAUUCUUGAUUGGGGCAAAGAUAAAUUGGAGGGCAAAUAAGAACCAAUACAUAAAAGAGCUAUUCCAGAUCUUAGUGAAUUGAUGAAAUAAGCCGAGGAAGAUCUAGCAAAUCAUCAAAAAAAUAACACUUAGGAUGGUUUAGACCAACAAUAACAUAUUGAUGAUAAUAAUCAUACUGGUGAUUUAGGUGAUGUGAAUAAUGAUGACAAUUUAGGUGAUGUGAAUAAUAAUCAUCCCUUGGAUAAUGAUAUUCAAUAGAAUGAAUCAUAAACUGAUUUGUGA